UUUCAACCAAUACGAAUAUUUUCAGCGAGGUUCAAAACCCGUAAAGAUAAAUUCAAGUGACAAGUUUGUGCAGAAGAAAUUAAAAGCAUGCAAUUUGUUAUUUGGUGGUCUUCUGUGCAUGCGAGUAUUUAUGUGUAUACGCGGAUGAAUGGCAACUUCUUCAAAGUGCCUCGCAGUUUGUUUUUCUUUGGAAUAAGCAGUAAGAUGGCCGACGCAUCUAGCAGUGAUGGCCCUGCCACAGGAGCAGAAUUUGACAUGAUGGGUGCUCUUGACUGGCAGGAUGGCAUUGCCACGCUGCCCGGGAGUGACAUUCGGUUUCGAAUGACAGAAUUUGGCACCUUGGAGAUGGUCACAGAGGCGGAGCCUAAAGAGAAAGAGGAGGGGCUUACAGACUCCCAGCCUCAAACUACAACCCCAAACAACAGUCAUUGCCCUGAACAAAACAAACCUUCAAGUCAGACAGCAGUGCCCCAGUCCACUACAGAUCUUCAGACAAAUAUUGCGGUUUCAGCUGACUCAAACAGGCAAACAGCUGGCAAUGGCACAAGGAGCCCCAACACCGAGGCCAACCCUAGCAUAACCAUAGUGCCCAAUGCAGUGGUCGCUCCUGUCACCGAAGUGGCUAACUGCAGGUCUUGUGGUCAUUCUGGUCCCCGGGAGUCUUUCCUCCAGGGAAAGUAUUGCAGCGCUCCUUGUGUGCAGCCCAGCAGUGGCAGAUCAACCCCAGCCGAGGCAGUUGAAGGAGAGCGUUUAGGUAAACGUGUGAGAAGGAAGAAGAAGAUGUUCAUGGAUUCUGGAGAUGAAGAGGAGGACAAUAUAGAAGAAGAGGAGGAGAAGGUUAAAUCAUCAAAGGGAAGACGAGCAGCUAAAGUUGCGAGACUGGCAACAGCCCCUCUUGUUAAAAAGAAAACUUGGAGCUGGGCAGCUUAUCUUGAGGAGGAGAGAGCAGUUGCUGCUCCCUUUAAACUUUUUAAGGAGCACCAGGCAUUCCCCCAGAGCAGGAAUGGAUUUAAGGUUGGCAUGAAACUGGAGGGAUUGGACCCUUGCCAUCCUGCUCUCUUCUGUGUUUUGACUGUUGCAGAGGUGCAAGGUUAUAGAAUCCGGCUUCAUUUUGAUGGUUACCCGGAAUGCUAUGACUACUGGGUAAAUGCUGACUCCUGGGAGGUGAAGCCACCAGGCUGGUGUGAGAAAAUGGGACUGAAGCUGUUGUUGCCAAAAGGAUGCAGAGAUGGCGAGUUUAACUGGAACACAUACGUUAAGAACUGUAGGGGUCAACUGGCUCCCAAACAUCUCUUCAAAAGUCUUAAUACAUCAGUCACACCAUCAGGAUUCCGUGCGGGGAUGAAACUGGAAGCAGUUGACAGGAAGAACCCGUCACUCAUUUGCGUAGCAACCAUUUCUGCUGCCGUCGACAACCGGCUCCUCAUCCACUUUGACAACUGGGAUGAUACGUAUGAUUACUGGUGUGACGCCAGCAGUCCGUACAUCCACCCGGUGGGGUAUUGUGAGGAGGUGGGGCUAACACUCACCACACCCGCAGAAUAUAAGCAUCCAAAGAGUUUCUCCUGGGAAAAGUACCUUGAAGAAACUGGAACACAGGCUGCACCAGCCAGAGCCUUUAAACAGAGGCCUCCUCAUGGCUUUCAGACUGGGAUGAAGCUGGAGGCCGUAGACAAGCGGAAUGCAAUGCUUAUCCGUGUUACUACAAUUUCUGACACAGAUGACCACAGAGUCAAGAUUCAUUUUGAUGGCUGGAUGGAUGAGUAUGACUAUUGGCUGGAUGCUGAUAGUGCAGAGCUGCAUCCAGUAGGCUGGUGUCAGAAGACGGGUCAUCCUCUACAACACUCUAAUAGUCCCCCAGAUUCUCCAGUCCCUCUAGGACAAGGCUGCCCUACCCCGGGAUGUAACGGGGUUGGACACAUUAGAGGACCUCGCUAUGGAACACACUACACAAUGGUGAGUUGUCCAUACUCCGAUUUGAAUCUAAAUAAGGAUGGGCUGGUGCCAGACAGACUGAGUGGGGAGAAGCCAGUGACCCUCAGCGGACCCCCACGUCACCGCCGGGCAGAAACGCUCACUCAGACGAGCAUACCCACACCCAUCGCCAGCACCCCGGAACCCCCUGACACCACCACGGACGUGUGCCCACAACCCCGGGCUGUCACUGCUCCCAAAUGUGUUAAAGCAGUUCAAGUGAAGCAGGAAGGUGACGGAAAAGAUUCCUUGCCGCAGUUCCUGCACGAGUCUGUUUUCUGUGGAUGGGAGCCGCCAAAGUUUCAGCUUUGUUGGGAGAAACAUGGUAAACUACUGCCUGAAGCCUUAGGCCUCACCGCCAAAAGCGUGGGCAAGUGGAACACAGAGGAGGUUGCAAGUUUUGUGAGAGAGUUACCUGGCUGCAGAGAGCAUGCUGCCACCUUUGCUCCACAGCAAAUUGAUGGUGAGGCCUUCCUGCUCCUAACUCAAUCAGACAUUGUUAAGAUACUGAGCAUCAAGCUCGGCCCCGCUCUCAAAAUCUACAACUGUAUCCUAAUGCUGAAGAGCGCAGAUGAGGAGUAGACAUGCACCCUAUUAAACUAUUAAACUGGACACAUGCUUACACCUCAAAGCAACUGCUACUUAAACAACUUGACUGAAGGUUGCACUUGCCGCCAAUAUAAUAUGCAGUCCUUAAAGUACUCAAAGUGCAUAUAAGCAAAUGAUUAAAUCAUUGGUCACAUUAGUUGGUUGAUGGACAAAUCAUCUAAUUGAAACGAGGUGAGCUGGAACUGGAGGUGAUCAGAAAAAUCAGAGUUUCUUGUCUCAUGGUAUCUGUGUAGCGCCCACCCUAUCGUUUAUUUUAAGUCAUUUGAUUUAUGUUAGAAUCGAGGAGGGGAGAGUACACCAUACUGAGGCACCUUAAAAUGUUUAAACUGGAUUCCUUCAUUCUUGAUAUUUAUGAUUUUAUGGUUACUAAAAUGAGAGUGUGUUUGACGCUAGAGGCACGAACAAAAGCCACAGUAGUGGAGCUUUUACUUGAAAUGUAAAAAGUGAUUUUUUUAAGAAUUGCAAAAAGACCUUUGAUGGUAAUUGAACACACAGUGACACUCAUCCCAAAGAAUCUAUGUUAGCCUGUUUGAGACCACUAGAGGGCAGUCGGAUUGUGUGUGUGCUUGUGUGUUUACGAGUUUGUAUGCUUGUGUGUGAGAGAAAAAGACUUGAGUGAGUGUUUUGCAAGCAUGUGUGUGCGAGGUAUUUGUAUAACUGUGUGCUUGCAUCUAAUGUCAGGGAAUUCUUGCUCUGGGCAAAUAUGGAAUUGAAUGUCUAAGUUUGUAUUUACUUUAAAGGAAACGUGUUCUGUAAAAUACAUUUGAAAAUGUGUAAAUUCAUGAAAUUGUAUACAAAUGGGUCAGUGUGCUAACUCUAUAGACGUGCUGCAAAUAGAAUUACGAAUAGAAAUGUGUAGGUGUGUGACUGGGUAUAUUUUAAGCCUACGAGACCCUGACAUUGUGCCUUGUACAACCAUUCCUGAAAUAAGACGCUUGCAUUCUUUUGUUUGGUAACCUAUCUGCUGUAUAAUACAGCUGUUAUGUGCUCUGCUACAACUUACUUCACAGCAUCAUCUAACUGAACCUUUCAAAGUUGUGACUGUACAUCUGUAUAGUGGUUGCCGUUGCUCCAUAUAAAAAAUGGUUUUAAUACACUGGUACUUAAAGUUGGCUGUGCGAAACUUACAAAAGACAAAAUAUAUCAUAGUCUGCAUAGAGAACCUUCAUUAAAAAGUAUUAAGGCUUUUUGCAUGCUAUGGUUGAGCCUACAGUUUUGAUGAACGCAAUGGUUUGGUUAGUGUCAGGGGAAGUGUAGGUUUGUGUUUGGUUUUGAUUUGUUUUCAUUGCCGCUGUGUGCUUGUUUCUUUGUAGAUACAAAUGUGGUCUCAUAUGUGUCGGAUUGUGUCUGGGGGACAUAAAGACAGUCCUGUAUAAAUGAGUGAAUAGAUGGAAUGAGGAAAAUAAAUAAUGAUUUCCA